AUGAGUGGCCCGUCGUCAGGAGAGUAUUAUAUACUGACUCGUGAUCGACAUGAAAGUCGGCGUCUCGACUCCCAACAUUGCUUCUUCCGUGAGCUAUGCGGCGGCAAACUUAUCCACAAAUCCAUCUCGGGGGAGAAGAUCGUUUCUGUAGCUGAUGUAGCUGCUGGUACUGGGGUAUGGCUACGUGAUGUACAGAGCUACCUCGAUACUACAUACCCCAGCAAAAAUAAGCGCUAUUAUCAUGGGUUUGAUAUAUCAGACGAGCAGUUCCCCAAAGACCGCGGAGAUGGCUCAAUCCAGUUCUCUCUCCAGAAUAUUCUGGAACCAUUUCCAUCUGAACACCAUGGGAGAUAUGACCUUGUUCAUGUCAGAUUGCUUGUAGCCGCUCUCAAAGAACCGGAAUAUAAGCAAGCGGUUGCCAACAUUGCUACUUUAUUGAAACCAGGAGGUCACUUCCAAUGGGAGGACCUCGAUCACAGGUACAUGCUGACAACACCCGAAAAACAAUAUCAAGACCUCCCCAGCAUGGACACCCUACGCCUCUGCAUCCAGGGCCAAAUCGACUGCGGCGGAAGCGACAACGCACCCGCAACCGUUGUAACGGCCGCCCAAUCCGUAGGACUGCAAAACACGACGAGAAUCGACUACAAGACUCGAGACAGACCUGAUUUAUGGCCCAUGACUAAUGACUGGACUGAUAAUGUGUUUGAGACUUUGGCGAGGAUAUUUUUGAAGAAGAGGAGAGAUGCUGCGGCUGCCGCCGAUGAAGGGGAAUUAUGGAGAAAUGAUUACAAUAUUGAGGAGGAGGUUAAAAGGCGCGUGCAGGAUCUCAAGGAUGGUCAUGAGAAGGGGUUUGUUAUGCAUGCAAAUGUGGGAAUGGUGGUUGCGAAGAAGCUGUGA